AUGUAUAUGAAUCGAUAAGUAAUAUUAUCGUUGCCUAACCUAUCGUUGCGCUCCCAUCUCUGUGGUAUAAGGAAAAUAAAAUUAACAAACACAAAUUACAUUAAAAAAAUAACAUGCUUGAGGGCUGGUACUGUCGAUCCCUUGCCAAUCAAGAGGAGGGCGCUGUUAAGGACGAGCCUCAUCAGCAGGAGAGCGAUGAGGAACAGCCCGCGCGGAACAUUGGCCAUGCGAACGCCAGGGGAGCACCAGCAAGUUCAUCUUCAGCGUCUGCAGGAACGGCGAAUAAUGCGAGUGCCGUAGAUUACAAGGAUCGUUACAAGAACUUGAAGCGAAAACUGAAGUUUCUCAUUUAUGAAAACGAGUACUUUCAGGAUUUGCUGCACACGAAUCAGCGACGCUUACUAAAGGUGUCUCGAGACCGUACUUUCCUUCUUGAUCGUUUGCUGCUGUACGAGCACCCCGCCAAGGACUCAAGUGACAGCGAGGCCACAGACAGCUCCGAUUCGGAACAAGCCACGCCAUCCACGUCCACAGCAGCUGGAGGCUCGCAGACACCGAAGGAGACCAUUCGAAAAAAGUACAAAGAAAAGGGAGCAUCCGUUGCAACUGCAACUCCGCCUCACCAGCCUAUUGUUGGUGCCGCUCGUGGUCGCAGACGCAAAGUAUUGACUGGAGCGCUGUCGUCAAACCACGGACAGCAGGCAGCCGGGAAACGGCAGCUGACGGCCACAGUACCUCCUUCUCAACAGCCGCUACUUUCAGCUGUCUCCCUAAGCACAGCUGAGAUCACACGUCAGUUGCAAGAGCGACGUCCGACGCCAAUAGAACUUAUGAGCCCAGAGUGUACUUCGGCCACUGUUCCCACAACAAUGCUCAGCGAUGAAAGCCCAUCUAAAUGCUAUCCCAAUGAAAGCUUGCACCAUCUGAUGGAGGACGACUCACAUUCACAAGAGGUAGCCGCUGAAGAGUGCGUUGCAAUGGAGUACACCACUUAAUAUAAAAAUACACAUUCAGGCAGGCUCCGUUUUUCAUUUAUUUUUGCGGAUUACGUUUUCAGCCAAAACGUUUCGUUUUCGUUUUAAGGUUCUCCAGUUUUCACAUAUUUUUGCUGCUUGCACCAAAACGAAAAUUGUGGUUGCCCUGGCCAAUUUUUUCCGAGCCAAAUUUGAGGUUGGGUUAAAAUAAAAUUAUUUAUUAAGAAAGCAAAAGUUGAGUUACAAAAAGGUGUCACGUUUAUGAUAAUGCAUCAAUAAGUCAUCUACUUUUUUCCUUUUGGCAAUUAAGGGUCGUUUCGUUUCAUUUCGUCAACAAAAAUGUUUUCGUUUUGAAAACGAUUAAAUCUUGCGGAAUGUGAAACCGGGAGCCCCAAUUUAUGUGUAUUUAAAAGUAAAUCGAACAACUUUUGUGCUUGUGGAAAAGGGAGCCUGGCUGAUUGAUAGCUAUUGAUAAUUUCUACUAGUUGUCUUCAUCUUAAUCAAUUAAACUUACUAGUACCACA